AAAAAAACAGCGGUGAAAAACUAGCUAGCUACCUUAGAAUGACGCAGCAUGCUUUUCGUAGCUUUCGCUUGCGGCUUUCUAGGCAUAACGUCGGCAGCUUCCUUCGAAGAAGAAUUAGUGUAUCCAGAACUAUUGCAGGAAAGGAGUGAAAGUGGAGAGCUUCUGCUACGAAUAAAAGACACGACUUUACGCUUGAGGAAAAGCACGGUACUGGCAGAUGAUCUCUUCGUGGGUACAACCGUCGACGAUGAAACUGAAUACACCCUGUGGAAUGGAACCAGUUUAGAAGAGAACCUGUACCAUGACAGCGAGCAGCAAUCAUCGAUUAUGCUUUACCAAGAUGACCGAGCAUUAAAAGUGGAGGGAAUACUUAGCCCUAGCUGGAGAAUCGCACCACUGUUGUCGAUCGAACGCUCUGCAGAUGCUCCAGUACCUCACAAGGUCUACCGAGUUCAAGAAAGGGACCCUGGUAACGAUCUGGCUUUUCGGGAUCUUAAUAUAAAUAUUCCUGUGCACAAGAGGGGAAAUAAAGGAUUUUGGAGAAAGCCAAGGAAGAAGCUCCCGAAGGAGUACGUCGCUGAAAUCUAUUUAAUAUCCGACAGCCACCACCAGAAACAGUUCAAGAAAAAUAAACAUCUCAUCGCCUACAUGGCGGUUCUGAUGAACGCAGUGAACGUAUGGUAUGAAGGGAUGAAUAAACCAAAAAUUAGGACUAAAAUUGUGGGAAUUUCCCGAAACAAAAAUCUCCGAAACGAAGUAAGAACCGGCCGCUAUUUGAACGGCCGCGAAACUUUGCGCAAAUUCAUGUACCAAGCAUACAAAAAGUUGCCAGGGGAUCCGGACGCCGUAUACGUGUUCACCGAGCAAGACCUGGCUAUUGUCCCACCCAUUGGGAAACCCGAGGGAAACCUUCUCGGUCUGGCAAGCAUGGCCUCCCUUUGCACUCCCUUAAAAGUCGGCAUCGGCGAAGACAUGGCUGGCACCUUCAAUGGAGUUAGCACCGCCGCCCAUGAAAUUAUUCACAUCUUGGGCUCAGCUCACGAUGGAGGCGAAGGUGCCAAGUGGAUUCCCAACAACAAGGGAGGCGAGCCAUGCCCCUGGUCACAAGGAUACCUGAUGAGCUACGUGGAUGGUGGCGUGAAGAAAUACAAGCUCUCACCUUGCACCAAGGCGCAGAUACGGGGGCUCCUCAGGAUCGUACCAGACAACUGCUUAGCGGAAACGGCAUCACGAAGUAUGAAAACCGCACGCAAGAUACUUCCCGGUCAAAUCAUGACUGCAGAAGACUACUGCAGUGGUCUAUUUUCAAACCAAGGACGAGGUGUGCCACUUCAGCAACCAGACCAGCUCAAAAAGUGCAGGAUGCUGUGCUGCCUGAAAAUAUCAUUCGGGGCUGGCAAGUGUCGAAGGGAACUUGUUCCUGAUGGAAUGAGCUGUGGACGUGGAAAAACCUGUAGAAAAGGCAUUUGCGGACGCCAUGCUUUGGAAUCGUGAUUCCUCAUGCGGUAUGCUCUGACAAAUUUUGCUAUGGACACGGAAACGAAGUUGAAUAUUUUAAUACGAGAAUAAAUUUCUUUGCUCUAACUGA